UUCCAAGAGGCGCUGGAGCGGUGUCUUACUACUGCCCUCGCGCCCGCUCAAAGGCCUCAAGCCUCCCCGGGCAGAGCGCGCGCAAACGCACACAGGGAGAGAGAGAGAGAGAGAGAGAGGGAGAGGGAGAGAGAGAUGUUCGAGAUGCGUUUGAUGAUGUAAUCGGCAAGUCAGUGAGCGGUGAAAUUUAACACCGCGGCGGCGGGGAGGCUUUCGCUGCGCCUGAGGUUGGCUGGCUUGCUGCUUCCAGAACGCAGUCAGAGAGAGCGCCUGCCCGAGCGCCACGAGCCACUUUUUCUCUCCCUCCCGAGCGUCGGGUCUUUGCAAAGGCUUUUUUUUUUGCUGUCUGCUCCUGGCUAGCAAUCCCUUUCCUCUCAGUCGCCUCAAAGGUGCGCGCGAGCCCCACGUGACCCCCCCCCUGGUCCCUCCUCGCGCUCCCCACGAGGGCAAAGAGGGAAGCAAAGGGACGGCGCUUGGCUUUCAUGGACAGUACCUGAGCCUGGGGGCGUCCGCCGGGGGAGUUGGCUUCUGUUUUCGGUUAGCGCUUCGCUGCUCGGACAAAUGCAGACAAAUGCAUUUAGGAGCUCAAAGGACAAGGAGUGGAAGCAUCUCUCCCACAGCGAAAACGAAAGCUGUCUUCCUUUUUCUUACAACAUGUAUAGCUGUGGGUGCUACACAAAUACAAGAAGAAGGCAUCGAUGUUCUUCAUCAUUUAGGCCUAAAAGGGCAUCACCCAUCCACAGGGACUACAGUGCCCUUGUCACAUACUUUACUGCCCGAAGGGGUUCACCUAAGUGCCUCAGGAGUUGUUUUGUCCACAACAGCAGACAUUGAGGUUCCCAUUCCUCAAGUGAUAGCAUCGAGCUUAGGCACCCAGUUCACUGUACUGAUCAGUCUACGCUCUGAAAGAGUGAACAAUGCCUUUCUUUUCAGUAUUAGAAGUAAAAAUAGACUGCAGUUUGGUGUACAAUUGCUUCCAAGGAAGGUAAUGGUACAUACUGGUGGGAAACAUUCUGUAUAUUUUGAUUACAGUGUCCAUGAUGAACAGUGGCACACGUUUGCUAUUGGCAUCACAGAAAAGACAGUAUUCCUGCAUACUCAAUGUGGCAGGAAGCACUUCAGCAAGGAGAUUCUUUCUAAAACACCACAGUUUGAUUCGCAUAGUUUGUUUACCUUAGGAAGGAUGAACUCCCAUUCAGUCAACUUUGAAGGAGUAAUAUGCCAGCUGGAUAUUAUCCCCACUGCACAAGCCUUGGCAAACUAUUGUAAAUAUGUGAAACAACAGUGUCGCCAAGCUGACACUUAUCGAUCUCAGCCGGCAUCUCAAGAUACAUCACUUGGGGAACUCCCAAAAAAGCAAUUCAGUGAAGAAGAAACCCAACCAAAUUACAUGCCACUAAAUGCAAAGAAAGAUGACCCAAGUCUUCUUAACAGUUCUAGUUUUCUAGACUCCCCAGAGACAACUUCACUCUCGACAUCUCUUUCUUUAGGAAAUAUUUCUGCACUUAAAAUUAUAUCUGUGCCAGAUGACCAGCAAAUUGUGAAAAAUCAUCAGCAUCAUGUCAGCAAAAGAAAAGAUGACUCCCAGACUAUCACAAAAUUGCCUCUAAACCUUACAGACAAUGUCAUGGAAAAUUCAAGGAGGAAAACCUAUCCUGAUCUUCUCUUUUCUAUAAAGCAAACUAAAACAAGGAAUAUAAUGGAAAAUACAUCAAAGCAGCAUUCAUAUGAACCAACAAAGAUGCAGCAGAUUUUAAACACAACAUUAUACAGGACUUCUGAUUCCAUGCCUUCAAAUAAUCAGCUUGGUUCGUGGGAUGAGCAUACAAUUCAGAUUGAAGAAACAUACAACACAGAAAGCAGUUAUGAUCUUGGUGUUGAUGGUUAUGAUUAUGACUAUGAAGAACUGGAACAAAUGUUUGAGGUGGAGAAUCUGAAAGGGCCUAAAGGAGACCCUGGAGCACCAGGACCCCCAGGUUCUCCAGGAUUAUCUGGUCCAGCAGGGAAGAGAGGCCCAAGAGGUAUUCCAGGCCCACAUGGAAAUCCGGGACUUCCAGGAUUGCCGGGUCCAAAGGGACCCAAAGGUGAUCCAGGGUUCUCUCCAGGACAAGCAAGUCGUGGAGAAAAGGGAGACACAGGACUCAUCGGCUUAUCUGGACUUCCUGGCAUCAAAGGUGAAAAGGGUCCCAUUGGAUAUCCUGGGCCACAAGGGCCACGAGGGGAGCAAGGAAUUCCAGGAAUGGCUGGCAGCCCUGGAACCGUUGGUUACCCUGGCAGGCAGGGUUUAGCAGGACCAGAAGGUAACCCAGGCCCUAAAGGUGUAAGAGGUUUCAUUGGACCACCUGGAGUGGCAGGACUUCCUGGACUCGAGGGAGAAAGGGGCAUUCCAGGUUUACCAGGAAAAAGAGGUCCGAAGGGGAGACAGGGCUUACGAGGUGAAUUUGGAAACAGAGGUCCUCCUGGUCCUGAUGGAAGUCCUGGAACUGUUGGUGGUGCUGGCCCUCCUGGAUUUCCUGGACUUAGAGGUGUUGUGGGACCAGUAGGGCUAUCUGGACCACCUGGAAUUCCUGGACCUCUGGGUCUUCCAGGGAGUAUGGGGCAACCUGGAUUGAAAGGUGAUAAGGGUGAACAAGGCAUGGCAGGAGAGCAAGGGGAACCAGGCUACCCAGGAGACAAGGGUGUUGCUGGUUUACCAGGACCACCGGGAGUUAGAGGAAAACCAGGCCCCCUGGGUAAAAUAGGAGAUUCAGGACCCCGGGGACCAUUGGGUCCUCCUGGACCUGAGGGUUUUCCAGGCGAUAUUGGUGUUCCUGGCCUGAAUGGUCCUGAAGGCCCUAAGGGACUUCUAGGUGAGAGAGGGCCUCCAGGACCACCAGGGCCCAAAGGAGUUGAGGGAGAAGAAGGACCUAUUGGACCUUUUGGAGGAAGUGGACCAAGGGGAAAACCUGGUCGGAAGGGUUAUGCUGGUGAACCAGGACCUGAAGGACUAAAGGGAGAAGUGGGAGAUCAAGGAAUUCUUGGGAAAACUGGUGAAACAGGCCCCAUUGGUUUACCUGGAGAAACUGGACCAUCUGGCAGCCCCGGUGAGAAGGGGGAAAGGGGUAGUCCUGGCCCAAUGGGACCUCAUGGAGAAAAAGGUGUAAUGGGAUAUUCAGGACCUCCAGGUGGCCCAGGGGGUAUAGGACCACAGGGAUUGCCUGGGCCACCAGGGCCGAGAGGACUUUCUGGACCCCAAGGCUCUAAAGGUCAAAGAGGACCAAGAGGACAGGAUGGUCCACCAGGAGAACAAGGGACUCAAGGUAUUAAGGGAGAGCCUGGUGAUACAGGGAAAAAAGGCAUUCCUGGACUCAUUGGCAAAGCUGGUAACCCUGGAGAAAGAGGGAGUCCAGGAGUACCAGGUUUGUCUGGUCCUCCUGGAAGUACAGGGGAUAGCGGUCCCAUGGGUGAACCAGGACUGAGGGGACAACAAGGUGAUGCUGGUCCUGUAGGAGAAGCAGGCCUUGUGGGACUACCCGGACCAGAGGGAGAGCCAGGAUCACAAGGAGAACCAGGCACAAAGGGAGAUGUUGGAUAUGUUGGCAACACUGGUGAAUCAGGAGAACAAGGUUUAAGAGGUGUGCCGGGACCACCUGGGGAAGAUGGUGUCCAAGGAAAAGAUGGGUUAAAGGGGAGUAUAGGAGACCAAGGGCUUCCUGGAGAAGAUGGUGAAAAAGGAGAGACCGGAAUCCCAGGAGUCACAGGCCUCCCAGGUGAACCUGGCAUGAGGGGCAUUCCAGGGCCUGAGGGAGCUACAGGAAGUCCAGGUCAAAGGGGUCGUCCAGGAAAAAAGGGCGAAAAGGGUCAACAUGGGCCUGCAGGAGAAAUUGGAGCUACGGGUGACCCUGGCCAGAGUGGAGAAAUUGGCCCAAAGGGUUCAAGAGGAACAAGGGGACUCCCGGGACUUAUAGGAGCAAUGGGAUCUACAGGAGAACCAGGAAUUCCAGGUUAUGGGGGUCAUCAAGGGCAACCAGGAACACCUGGUCCUCCAGGUCCAAAAGGAGAGAAGGGUUAUCCUGGGGAAGACAGCACACUAUUAGGACCACCUGGGCCCCUAGGUGAACCAGGGCCUAUUGGUGAACAUGGUGAGAGAGGAGAACCCGGUGAUGCAGGUUACAUGGGUCACCCAGGGCUUCCAGGACGUAGAGGUGCUAUUGGACAACAAGGGCCACCAGGUGAACCCGGUGAAAGAGGUGAACCAGGACCAAAAGGAGAGAGAGGAUCUCAAGGUUCCACAGGGACAAAAGGAAUGAGUGGUCAAGCUGGGAAACCCGGACUGCCUGGUAAGCCUGGUCCAGUAGGCCAGAAAGGUGCAUUGGGCUAUCCUGGACCAGAAGGUAUUCCAGGGAACACUGGAAAGCCUGGAUCACCUGGGCAACUGGGCCUACCUGGUACUAGAGGAAGCCCAGGCAUACCUGGACUGGCAGGAUAUCCUGGAACUCAAGGAUCAAAGGGGUUACCAGGUAUGCCAGGAAACGUUGGACCACCAGGACUAAAGGGUGAACAAGGGCUUCGGGGCCAUCCAGGAAAGCAAGGUAAAAGAGGUCUUCCUGGGACACAAGGUGAUCAAGGCCCACCAGGACAUCCUGGCCUGAAAGGGCAUGCUGGUGAACAUGGAGAUCAAGGUUUGAUGGGAUUUCAGGGAUUCCCAGGCCCUAAGGGUCCUGAUGGUGACUUUGGUUUAAUUGGAAUUUUGGGACCUAAAGGCCCUGUAGGCCAUAUUGGAAACACAGGCCUUAUUGGUAAUGAAGGCAUCAUAGGCCCAGCAGGCAAACCUGGACCUAGGGGUGAAAAGGGAUCCAGAGGUGAAAUUGGCCCUCAAGGACCACGAGGUCACCCAGGUCUACCUGGUCCUCCGGGAGCACCUGGCCCAAGAAGGCAAAUGGAUAUCAAUGCUGCUGUUCAAGCCUUGAUUGAAUCGAAUGCUGCAUUACAGAUGGAGAGUUAUCAGAACACUGAAGUAACAUUACUCGAUCACAGUGCUGAGAUUUUCAAAACUUUACACUAUCUGACUAAUUUACUGCAUAGUAUCAAGAACCCUCUGGGAACUCGAGACAACCCAGCUCGUAUCUGCAGAGAUUUGCUUAACUGUGAACGCAAGGUGGCUGAUGGAAAAUAUUGGAUUGAUCCAAAUAUUGGAUGUCCUUCUGAUGCCAUUGAGGUUUUCUGCAACUUCACUGCUGGUGGUCAGACAUGUUUAUCUCCUGUAUCUGUGACAAAGCAGUUGGAUUUUGGCAUUGGAAAAGUGCAGAUGAAUUUUCUUCAUUUACUGAGUUCAGAAGCAACCCAUACUAUCACAGUUCAUUGCCUAAACAGCCCUGUGUGGGGAACCAAUGAACCACAGGCUCAGAAGCCUUCUGUCAACUUCAAAGGAUGGAAUGGCCAAAUGUUUGAAGCAAAUACGCUGCUUGAGCCAGAAGUACUUCUAGAUGAAUGCAUGAUUCAAGAUGGCAGCUGGCGUAAAACCCAAUUUCUUUUUCACACUCAAGACACCAAUCAGCUUCCCAUUGUUCAAGUGAACAAAUUUCCUCAUCUCAGACAAGGACAACAGCGUUACAUUGAAAGUGGUUCAGUGUGUUUUCUCUAGGCUUCUGUUUGAAGUUACGCUUCUUACAUUGCCAUGGAAUUGCUGCAAGGAGGAAUAACAAAACUGUGGAAGAAUCAUAAAGAUAUUGAUGAUGAUGUUAGUGAUUUCUUAAAGAAUCUCAGGAAGAAAAAGACUUCCUCCUAAGAAGGAGAAAUGACUCUUAAAAAAAGAGAGAGACCUUGACAACAUUCAUUAAAGUAUUUAAUUUUUAUUGGUGCUUUGUAUAGUAUUCCCAGGAACUCAAAAUUAAACAUACAUGUGGAAAUUCUUCAGAAAAUCCAAUGUUUUGUAGUUUUUUGAACCACACUGUCCAAGACAUCUUAGGGUCGGAUGGAGGAAAGCCGUACUAGGGAGCAAUCCUGGCUAAUGCUCCCAAAUGUGCAAUAGCUUGUACUAUAUUUGUAUGACAGUGAAUUAUGCCAUCAUAAAACAAAUCUUUUUCUUAAACACUUAAGUUGUAAUACAGUCCGUCAUGGACACAGACAUCUUAACAGAUGAUACACUACCUCUUAUGUGUUUCCUGUUUGUGUUGCCUGGUGCUUUCUGUAUAACACAAAGUGUUUGUGACUUUAGUCAAGAUUAUUUGGUUGCUUUUUAUUAUUUUUUCAGACUGUAUGUGCUGGUUACAUCAAGAGAAUUUUCAGUGUAAUAUUGUGUCUUUUAAAAAUAUUUCGUCAUAUACUUCAUUAUGAGUGAAAACAUUAUUUAUAUGGAGAUCUUGUUUUAAAUAUUUCUGUCUUUAGACAUGGAAAAGGUACAUAAGAUAAGACAUUGUAUCUGGUGCUUUGAAAAAGAACAGGAUUUUGUAGUUGUAGAAGAGCUACAUACAGUGGCCUUUUAAAAGUUUCUGGACUGCAGUUAAAGAUUUUUUUUAACUAUCCAAGACCAUCUACAGUGAUGUAUUGUGUAAAUAUUUUGUAAUUGUUGAAAAUGUCAAUACAGCAUAUAUUUAAAUGGCUGCUAUUAAAUUAUAAUACUCAAA